AUGCAGGUGCGGGCGGAGGCGGUGGGGCGAGUGGCGGCGGCGGCGGCGGCGGCGGCGNUCAGCAAGGGGUACGUCACAAAGCUGAUGAUGCCCGACAACAUCGCUAAGCCCAACAAGGCGCGUGUUCUCAAGUGGAUCAAGAUUGCGCGAGAGCGAUUCAUGACAACAGAGAUCGGGCUGAGCGGCACAAUGAUCCAACAUCGGGCCGUGAAGUUCGCGUCCGAGAUGGGCAUCAAGUUCGCUGCGAGCAACGGUUGGCUUCACCGCUUCCUCAAACGCUACCAGUUGAAGCACAUCAAUCUGCACGGGGAAGCUGGCGACGUGGACCAGGAGAAGGUGCAGGAGAAGAUUGCGAAGAUUCGGGAGCAGCUGAAGGAGUUUGACGUCGAGUUCAUCUUCAACAUGGACGAGACGGGGCUUUUCUACCGCUGUUUCCCGAGAGGCACGUACGUCACGAGGCAGGACGACGCUGCUGGCGCCAGCGCCUGGCUCGAUGCAUCCCUCUGCCAGAGGUGGUUCGACGAGGUUUUCGUCCCGUUCAUCAACAGCAAAACCGCGAGGAAGGUGGCCCUCAUCUGGGACAACUGCCCCGGCCACAAGAUCAUCAACAACGACCCGCAGAUCGUCAUCAUCUUCUUGCCGCCCCUCGUCACGUCCGUUUUUCAGCCGAUGGACAUGGGGGGCCUCUUCACCCUCAAGUGCCAUUACAAGACCGAGAUGGUGGUGAGGCUGUCGGGCGUCAUCGAGGACUGGGACACCGUUCGUGCGCGCAACAUCCCCACGGGAUGUCGGGGGCUGAGCGAUGCAGGCCAGGCGACAAUGCUGGACGUCGCUGAGGUCCUUACCCAGAAGUGGGAAAGUUUCUCGGACCAGACUGUUGUCAGGUGCUGGCUCAAGGCCACCAUCCUUUCCGAGGAGCACGAGGACGUCCUCAAGAGGAAGGACACGCGGCUCGCUGGAAAGGACAACGGGAAGGGGGGGGAGGUGAGGGACAAGGGGGGGGACACGGGCGAAAGGGGACUCGUCGACGGCCUUUGCGACUUGGUCGCGAAGCUGUCGAUGCCAGACAGCGUCGACGUCACCGACGCCAGAAAAAUUCCAGGGGUGUUGACGGACAAUUAGUUUGUCGAGAAUAACUCGGGCCUCACUGAUGUAGAAGUGCGAAAGGCAAUUAAGACGUGGCUUUCUGUAGAGGAUGACCCCAGCGUGUUGGAAGACGAGGUAGCUCUGGAACUGGAGAUUGUGGAGCAGAACAUGGCAACCUUGGAGGUUGAUGCCUCUACUGACGACGAAGAUGGCGGGGAUAGGCCAGCCUCGUGUAUUAUAUCUUCGAUGACAGAGGCU